AUGCCCCACUACCGCAAGACAUCCGAGAUCCUGGCCGAGCUAAGGCAGAUGGACCAAGUGCCGUCAGCAGCGGCCCACCAGAAGCGCUCGGCGUCGGUCAGCCACAUUGUCCUCCCAUCGACCUGGACCCGCACCAGCACCCCGUCGCAGGCGGCGGGGCAUAAGAAGAAGGACCUCGCCCUCGAUCGCUGCGCCACCUCGUCGUCGUCGCACAGCAUCGCCUCGUCCUCUGGCGCCUCGUUCUCGUCGUUUGCAUCUCGGUCCUUUCGUCGGCUGAGGAGAAAGCCAUCGCUCCAAGACGCAUCAGCAUCAUCAGCACCGCCCGCUCCCUCUUCCUCGUCGCUCCGCCACCUCGCCAGUACCUCGAGCCUGAGCUCCGCGUUCUUUGGCCAUCCCUCGCUCCCCUCGUACCCGCCCUCGCCGUCAUCAUCUUCGUCAGCGUCGAGGACGCCCUCAAUCUCGUCGUCGACGGCAACAAUGACGCCGUCCUCCAGCAGCGGCCGCUCGUUCGCCUCGCGACGGGCAAAGCACAUCCCCGACGACAUCGUCAUCAUCUCGCGCACCUCGAAUACGGCGACGAGCGCCUCGUCGAGCCUCUCCGCGUCGCCCGAGUUUACCAACCCCUUCGGUCCGCAGGCGGGUGCAGCGCCGACUGUGUUCGAGCUGGUACCCGGCACCCAUCGCCUCCAAGCCGCCGCCGCAGCAGCAGCCGCGGCGGCAUCCGCGACGAGGGCGCGCCACGGCUCCUCGGAAACGGACCGGUCCGAGUGCCCAUCGCUCUACAUGGACUCGUCGUCGGACUCGGCGUCGUCGAGCUGCGGCAUCUCGACGUUUGGCGAGCUGGUCGACGCCUUUCCCGCCUCGUUGCAGCCUUCGCUCAUCAUCAUCCCCGAAGGGCAGCGCGAUGACAGCGUCCGCAAAAACGACGGCGAUGACGACUUAGAGGCGCGCAUCGAGUCUUCGUCGCUGCCGCCGACACCCAUCACGCCCCACUUUCUCGGCCUCACCUGCUCGUUCCCAACGCCACCGGACCGUCGCACGCCGCUGCCCAUGACCGAGGAGACGCUCAAGCGCCUCGAGGACGUCAAGCGCAUCCCCACCGCCACGCCGGCCGCCGUGCACGUCGAGCAGGCCAGCGAGCCGGGCCCGCGAAGAGCCCUGGAGCUCUUUGCCGGCGAAGCCCGCGACUUUGUCGGCUCCGCCGUCCCACCCAAAGCUUGGCAGAACGCCGCCGGGCCGCAACCCGUCGCAGUCCACUUCUUCGACCUACUCUAG